AUGUAUAAACUUCGCAAACAGCUUUUGGAGUGGAGGAUCACCACGCUGACGUUUGAGGAAGAUCCCGAACUGUACGGCAAAGAGCGAGAUGUCGCCAUUACCUCCCUUACGAAGGAACACGACGUGGAAACGAUCACACGAAUCUCGCACACGUUAUAUGACUUACAAAAAAUUCUUGAAAACAAUAGCGGGAAACAUCCUCUGACGUAUAAACGGUUCCAGUCCAUCAUAUCUGGGAUGGAUCAGCCGCCUCACGCCGAGGAAACAAUUGAUGCUGAUUUGAUUGGCUCUUCGGUGACCCCGAUUUCAGAGAAUCACAACAAAAAGUAUGGCAUCCCAACUUUGAAGGAACUUGGUUUUGACGUUGAGCUUGUGGAACCUUCAUCUUUUCGAGGCGGAGAAACUGAGGCCCUCAUACGCUUGUUUCGACAUCUAGAAAAAAAAGGUAAAACUACUAUUCUAGCCUGGGUGGCAAACUUCGAGAAACCCAAGCUAAGCCCGCUGUCUCCGUUUCCGAGUCAGACAGGACUGAGUCCGUACCUCCGCUUCGGCUGUCUGUCCGCUCGACAUUUCUACUGGAAUCUCAGAGAUCUCUACAAAAACAUCAAGAAGGACAAUGAACCACCUAUGGCCCUGCAUGGACAGCUGCUAUGGCGAGAAUUCUUUUACAUGGCCGCAACAAACAACCCAAAGUUUGACCAGAUGGUGGGCAACCCAAUCUGUGUCCAGAUACCCUGGGAUAAAAACUCAGAGGCUCUAGCCAAAUGGGCAGAGGGUAAGACUGGCUUCCCUUGGAUUGACGCCAUCAUGAAUCAGCUGAAACAAGAGGGCUGGAUUCACCACCUCUGUCGUCAUGCAGUGGCGUACUUUCUUACUCGGGGCGACCUCUGGCUGUCCUGGGAGGAAGGAAUGAAGGUGUUUGACGAGCUGCUGCUUGACGCCGGAUGGAGCGUGAACGCCGGGAUGUGUAUGUGGCUGUCCGGCAGCUCCUUCUUCCACCAGUUCUUCCACUGCUACUGUCCUGUGGGAUUCGGCAAACAGGCGGACCCCUCUGGAGACUACGUCAGGCACUACCUGCCAGUCCUGAAAUCGUUUCCAACGAAAUACAUCUACGAGCCGUGGACGGCCCCCGAGUCUGUCCAGAAGGCGGCAAACUGUAUCAUAGGGAAAGAUUACCCGUGUCCCAUGGUCAACCACGCCGAGGUCAGCCAGGUGAACAUGCAGAGGAUGAAACAAGUCUAUCAGUAUCUCACCAUCAAGGCUAAGAGUAAGUUUCAAGGCGUUAGCUUUUUUUUUCUUUUUUUUUCUUUUUUUUUUAAUUAAUUAUCAUUUUAAUCACAUAUGUGAUUCAGUGAUUUUGUUAUUUAAAAAAAGGGUUAAUUUUACAGUUGUAUAAGAAUUAUAACACUCAUUUCUUUUUCUUUCUUUCAAUGCCACAAUAUCAAAGCAACAAAAAUACUUUGCAAUAAUAUGUUGUAUAAUAAUUAUAACAUUCAUUUCUUUUUCUUUCUUUUUUUCUUUCAAUACCAC